AGUAAUUUUUCAGUUAAUGGCUUCCACAAGCACCGAGACAGACUCUUCAUCACGUCACUGGAAAUAUGAUGUUUUCCUUAGUUUCCAUGGCAAGGACACCCGUCGGGGUUUUACAAGCCAUCUAUACGAUGCUUUGAAACAGGAAGGAAUUAUAGCCUUUAGGGACGACGAAAAACUGAAGCGAGGAGAGUUCAUAAAUUCAGGGCUCUUGAAAGCAAUAGAAGAAUCCAAGUAUGCGGUCGUCGUUCUCUCACAAAACUACGCUUCUUCGAGGUGGUGCUUGAUUGAACUUGCCAAGAUCGUUCAAUGCAGUAAUGAUAUGGAUCUGGUAAUUUUGCCCGUUUUCUAUCAUGUGGAUCCUUCUCAGGUGAGGAAACAGGCUGGUACUUUUGCAAUACCCUUUUUCAAACAUACAAUAGAUCCCAGGAUAGCCAUCAAAGACGUACGAAGUUGGAAAGCUGCUUUCCGACAAGUGGGUGAGAUCGCCGGAUGGCAUUUACAUGAUGGGCAUGACUCAACGGUUGUCAAAAAUAUUAUUGAAAGGAUACAUGGGGAACGGAAUAUUCACCUCCAAACUGAUCCCUACGACCUUGUUGGAAUAGAGUCCCGAGUGAUGGACAUGGUGAACUUACUUGACAUAGGAUUGGAUGAUGUUCGUUUCAUAGGGAUUUCCGGGAUGGGCGGAAUUGGUAAGACGACUUUGGCACAAAUUAUCUACAAUAGAUUUUCUUAUCAAUUUGAAGCUAGCAGCUUUAUUUCGUGUGUCAGGGAAGAAACUGAACGUCAUGGUCUAGUUUAUUUACAAAGAAAACUUCUAUCUGACAUCCUCAUGGAGAGAGAGAUUAUAAACACCUGGGAUGAUGGUAGGGUAAUCAAUGAGAUGGAGAGUAGACUGUGUAAACGAAGGGUGUUUCUUAUUCUUGAUGAUGUGAAUGAAAACAAGCAACUAGAAGCAUUGGCAGGGAGGUGUGAAUGGUUUGGAAGAGGGAGUAGAGUUGUUGUAACAAGUAGAGAGAAACAAGUGUUGAAUAGUCAUGGAGUUUGUAAUAUAUAUCCAGUAAGACAACUAUACCAUGAUGAAGCACUGCAACUCUUUAGUUGGAAAGCCUUCAAGAAACCCCAUCCUGAGGAGAAUUUUUUGGGUCUAUCUGAAGAUUUUGUAAAUUAUGCUAAUGGUCUUCCUUUAGCUCUCAAGGUUUUGGGUUCCUCGUUGUUUAAUAAAAAAAAAGGCAUAUGGACAAGUGCGAGGGAUCAACUAAAAGAAAAUCUUAAUGGUGAUAUUUUGAAAACACUUAAAACAGGUUUUGAUGCACUCAAGCCUGCAGAGAGGAACUUAUUUUUGGAUGUAGCAUGUUUUUUCAGGGGAUGGGACAAAGAUCGGGUUAAGACCAUUCUAAAAAGUUGUGGUUAUUGCUCAGAUAUCAAUAUAGAUGUACUUGUGGACAAAUCUCUGAUGAGUUUCUCAGGGAAUAACCUAUGGAUGCAUGAUUUGUUACAAGAAAUGGGUCAAGAAAUUGUUUGUGAUGAAUCUCGGGAAGAGCCUGGCCGACGUAGUAGAUUGUGGGUUUGGAAGGAUGUGCUUCAUGUAUUGAACAAAAAUACUGGAACAGAACAAGUUAAAGGCAUAGUCCUUGACUUUCCUCCACAAAGAGAUCAGGAACACUUAAAUGCUGAUGCCUUCUCAAAGAUGAAAAAUUUGAGAUUUCUUAAGAUCAGUAAUGUGCACUUUCCUCAAGGCAUAGAUUAUCUUUCGAAUGAGUUACGUCUUAUCAUAUGGGAUGGUUACCCCCUAAAAUCCUUGCCAACUAGUUUCCAAUCAGAAGACCUCAUUCGACUCAGUAUGCAUUGCAGCUGUAUUGAACAAUUAUGGAAGGGAAUUAGGGUUUUCGUUUUGUCACAGAAUUUUGAAAAUUUAAGGGUUAUUGACCUGUGUGACUCCCCAAAUUUGAUCGAAACACCAGACUUCCAUGGAGUCCCCAAUCUCGAGACUCUGUUUCUUCGAGGUUGUGCAAGCUUGUUAAAGGUGCACCCAUCCCUUGGAGCUCUUAAACAACUUGUUACAUUAAAUCUAGAAGGUUGUAAAUGUCUUGAAAGCCUUCCAGAGAAGAUUUCAAUGGUAUCUCUUAAAUUUUGUAUUCUUUCUGGCUGUUCCAAACUUGAGAAGUUUCCUGAAAUAGUGGGAAGUAUGACAUCUUUGAUGAAGCUCAAUUUGAGUGGUACUGCCAUAGAAGAACUACCACCUUCAUUCGAGAGUUUAUCUGGCCUUCAGUUUUUGAGUUUAAUAGGUUGUAAAAGCAUUUCAAUUCUUCCGAGGGUUAUCUUUAGUUUGUCGUCCCUUGGAUCUCUCAUCUUAUCUGGUUGUUCAGAACUUGACAAAAUGCCAGAGGAUUUGAGGAGCAUGGAAUGCUUGAAGGAGCUUGAUACGAAUGUAACUAGUAUUAGACAAGUCCCAUCCUCCAUUUUACAUGUGAAGAGCCUUAAAAGACUGUACUUAAACGGAUGCAAGGGUCUGGGACCUAAAUCAUGGGAUUUGCUCUUCUGUUGUUGCAUCUGUCAUCUAAGCUCUUUAUUAUUGCUGGAUCUAGGAGACUGCAAUCUAUCUGAUGGAGCAAUGCCCCGUGACCUUAGAGGCCUAUCCUCACUAGAGACUUUAAAUCUCAGAGGGAACAAGUUUAGGAGCAUACCAUAUAGCGUCUGUCACCUAAGUUCUUUGCUAUUUCUGGAUCUAAGUGAGUGCGAUCUAUCGGAUGGAGCAAUCCCCAGUGACCUCAGAGCUUUAUCCUCACUACAAACUCUAAAUCUCAGAGGGAACAAGUUUACGUGCAUACCAAAUAGCAUCUGUCACCUAAGUUCUUUGCAAUUACUGGAUCUAAGCGACUGCAAUCUAUCAGAUGGAGCAAUCCCCAGUGACCUUAGAGGUCUAUCCUCAAUAGGACGUCUAGAUCUCAGUCGUAACAAGUUUAGGAGCAUACCAGAUAGCAUCAGCCACCUCAGCUCUUUAACAAUGCUUGAUCUAAGCGACUGCAAUCUAUCGAAUGAGGCAAUCCCCAGUGAUCUUAGUGGCCUAUCCUCACUACUGUCUCUCGAUCUCAGUGGCAACAAUUUUUCGAGCAUAGCAGAUCGUAUCUGGCAACUUUCGCACCUCGAAGAACUUUUCUUGAGAAAUUGUAGUAUGCUUCAAUCAUUGCCAACACUUCCAUCAAGUCUAUCGUAUGUAUGGACUCACGGCUGUACUUCGUUGGAGAGGUGUUUUGAUGAAACUUCAGAUGCAGCAGGCGCUAUUGUUGAUUACUCUGCACCAGCUGAGCAUGAAGUUAAAAGAUAUCGCUCUUUUCAAAAGAUGACAGAAGCACAAUUUGGAAGAACCCUUGAGGCAGAAAUGUACAAAGGGAUGGGCAGUGUAUUUGUCCGUUAUUAUUCUUUGCUAAUUCCUGAAAUACCAGAGUGGUUCGCCGUUCAGCGUGCUGAAUCCUCAGCAAGAAUCCUGCUGCAUCUCGAAUCAGAUGAUAAUUGUAAGUGGUCAGUAUAUGCCAUGUUUAUUGUAUAUGAAGUCCGCGAGCACGAAAAUUCGAAUUCUAGGACUUCCAAUUUGAAAGAGGGUCACCAGGUUCUUUGUCAUUUCCUGACUGAUGAAGGUCGUCUGCAAAACUUGCAACUUCCGGAACAACUGCACCUCUAUAAUGUACGUGUUGUUAAGCUAAUUGGAAUUUUAGUAUAUGUACCACGUGCAUGGUUUUCAAAGGUUGCAAAUAACGUUGAUAAAUGGAGCUUCAUUGAAGCUUCAGUUACAACCAGCCGCCCGGGCGGGAACGUGAAAAAGUUUGGGGUGCGUCUGCUAAAUGAGCAAGAAGUUUCGGAGCUCGUUGAAGAAUUACGAGCAGAGUCUGGAGUUGACUUGAUCAUUCUGCUCAAAUCAGACCUUCAGGAAUUGCUUUCAAAACGCUUUGCGCAGGAUGAGCACUUUUUUGGGCUAUUUGUCAAAGUUGCCUGUUUCUGGGGCACUUUAGCUUGGCAAGGUGGUGGUAGUCAGAUGAGGAAGAUGAUGUUGGAUAUUGCCAUGACUGAAAACUUCCCACCGGCUCCCAUGAACACUCAACGAGUUUCUUCAUCUUCCUCUUCUCCUCCAGAACGUCGACGGAAAUACGAUGUUUUCCUCAGUUUCCGUGGCGAGGACACCCGCCUGCGUUUUACGGACCAUCUAUAUGAUGCUUUGAAACGGAAAGGCAUUAUGGCCUUUAGGGACGAUGAAGAACUCGAGCGAGGAGAGUAUAUAAGUUCAGGGCUUUUGAAAGCAAUAGAAGAAUCCGAGUAUGCAGUUGUCGUUCUCUCACCAAAUUUCGCUUCUUCGAGGUGGUGCUUGAUUGAACUUGCCAAGAUCGUUCGAUGUCGUAAAGAUAUGGAGCUGGUAGUUCUGCCCGUUUUCUAUCAUGUGGAUCCCUCUCACGUACGGCAACAGUCUAAUACAUUCGCAGAAGCCCUUGCUAAACAUGAACAAAAUUCCAGCAUCGUCAAAGAGGAUGUGCAAACGUGGAGAGCUGCUUUGCGAGAAGUGGGUGAAACUAGCGGAUGGCAUAUACAAUUACAGGAAGGGCAUGAAUCAUUGUUUGUCAAACAAAUUGUUGCAAGCAUAUAUAGCAAACGGAAUAUUCAACGCCACAGUAUUGUUUCCCAUGACAUUGUUGGAAUAGAGUUCCGAGAAAUGGAAAUGAUGAACUUACUUGACAUUAAAUUGGAUGAUGUUCGCUUUAUAGGGUUUUAUGGAAUGGAUGGAGUGGGUAAGACCACUUUGGCUGAGUUUAUUUAUGACAAAAUUUUUCAUCAAUUUGAAGCUUGCAGCUUUAUUUACGGUGUCAGUAAAGAAACUCAAAGUCAUGAUGUAGUUUAUUUACAACGAAAAAUCCUUUCUGAAAUUCUCAUGGAAAGAGAAAUUAUAAAUGGGUGGGAUGAUCGUACGGUAUACAAUGAGAUAAGGGAUAGAUUGCGUAGGCUAAAGGUGCUUAUUAUUCUUGAUGAUGUGAAUGAAAACAAGCAACUGGAAGCCUUAGCAGGUAGUCAUGAAUGGUUUGGAAGAGGGAGUAGAGUUAUUGUAACGAGUAAAGAGAAACAAGUGUUGAAUAGCCAUGGAGUGCAUAUUAUAUAUACAGUUAAGGAGCUUGGUGAUGAUGAAGCUCUGCAACUCUUUUGUCAGAAGGCCUUCAAGAAACCCCAUCCUGAAGAUAAUUAUGCGGAUUUAUCCAAAGACUUUGUGAAUUAUGCUAAAGGUCUUCCUGGAACUCUUAAAGUUUUGGGUACCUUCUUGUUUGGUAAAACAAUAGAUGAAUGGAAACGUGUCUGGGAUCAACUAAAAGAAAAUCCUGAUAGAGGUGUUUUGGAGAUGCAUGACUUGCUACGAAAAAUGGAUCAAGAAAGGGUUCUUCAUGAAUCUAAGGAAGAGCCUGACCAAUAUAGUAGGUUGUGGGUUUUUGAGGAUGUGCUUCUUGUGCCGAAGAAUAAUACUGGAGCAGGAGAAGUUAGACACAUAGUCCUUGACAUACCUCCACAACAAGAGGAGCACUUGCGUUUUGUUUGGAUAGGCAUUUUUAAGGAGAAUGUUUUCUUUGCCCCUGUUUUAGAAACACCAGACUUGAGGGUCAUUGUACAAAAAAUAUCCAGUCACAAGGGUGGUGACGAAUAUGCAAUCAAACAGCUGAAGCAAUUGCUGCGUCAAAUUGGAGGUCCUGUAUCGUUGAUACUGGAUGACGAUGUCUUCUUGUCUGGAUCAGAAUCCCUUCUUGAGAAGUUUGAGCUCCGUAUGCCAAAUUGCAAUAUUCUGGUUACUUCAGGAAGUAAAUCUUCAAGAUAUAGCUUUACCUAUAAUUUAAACUCAUUAAAUGAUGAAGGUGCCAUGACCCUUUGUUGUCACUCAGCAACUCCACAAGAUGGGAGCUCUUUAUCUCCAGAUGAGAAGAUUGUCAAAAAGGAAUGGCCUGCUUGGCUGUGCGAGAGUAUACACCUAAAGAAACUGGGCAUCAACAAUUGUCAUAAGCUGUCUGCAUUGCCUAUAGAGAUUGGAAAUCUGAUUAAUUUGGAAGAGCUAAGGCUAAUGUCCUGUACCGUUUUGUCCAAAUUGCCAGAUACAAUAGGAAUGCUCCAUCGGUUACAUAUUCUUGACAUAUCUGACUGCCCUGCUUUGUUGAAUUUGCCGAACACAAUCGGAAGGCUUCUUGGGCUACACACUCUUCGUAUAUCUGAUUGCGCCAAUUUUUCGAGUUUACCAGAUACAGUAGGAAUGCUUUCUGGGUUACGUUUUCUUGAAAUAUCCCACUGUACCAGUUUGUCUAAUUUGCCAGUGACGAUCGGAGAGCUUCGUGAGUUGCAAAUCCUUCAUAUAUCUCAUUGCUCCGCUUUGACAAGUUUGCCGGACACAAUAGGAAUGCUUCUUGGGUUAAGGAUUCUUUGCAUAUCGGGCUGCACCGUUUUCUCAAAUUUGCCAGAGACAAUCGGAUUGCUUCGGGGGUUACGGAUCCUUGGCAUAUCGGGCUGCCGCUCUAUGUCGGAUUUACCAGAUACAAUCGGAAUGCUUCAGGGGUUAUCGAUUCUCGGCGUAUCUCACUGCUCUACUUUGUUGAAUUUGCCAAAGACAAUCGGAAUGCUCGAAGGAUUACGGAUACUUGGCAUAUCUCACUGUUGUGCUUUGUCGGAUUUGCCAGAGACAAUCGGAAGGCUCCAUGGUUUAUCUAUUAUCGGCGUAUCUCACUGCUCCGCCUUGUUGAAUUUACCAAAGACAAUAGGAAAUCUGCUCGGGUUACGGAUCCUUGGCAUAUCUCACUGCCCCCUUUUUUCAAACUUGCCAGAUGAAAUCGGAAAUCUCAGUGGGUUGCGGAUCCUUGGCAUAUCUUACUGUCGUGCUUUGUUGGAUUUACCAGAGACAAUCGGAAUGCUUAGUGGGUUGUGGAUUCUUGGCAUAUCUCACUGCCCUGCGUUUUCAAAUUUUCCAGGGACAAUUCGAAGGCUCCAGGGUUUACAGAUUCUUGACAUAUCUCAUUGCCCCGUUUUGUCAAAUUUGCCAGAAACAAUAGGAAUGCUCCGCGAGUUUCGAAUUUCGGACAUCCCACUGAAUCACUGAUGGAGCAUUAGCAACUAGCAAGUUGCCAUUACACAUUGGUAAGCCGUGAAGUGUUUUCCUCUUUCUUUUAAAAAAAAAAAAUUUACAUGAAAAGUUGGCAGAGAGUGUGAUCGGUUGCCGCUCUCAAUUAUUGAACUUUCAGCAUUUGUUCUAAUUAUUCUGAUUCGUUCAUUUGGAUUU